CUAAUCUAAAAUAAAUUCUGACUAAUAACUCACUAGCACGUAGAUCACGUAUUUUAUUGAUAAAAACAAUAAAAUAAAGUAUUUUUUUAUUAAUUAGUCAUUGUAUUGAUUAUUACACUCAUCAUCCACUCCAGCUAGAGUUGCAUCAACUUGUGAAGUCCAUUAGCAUAAAAUGGGUUUAGUUUCCAGUUCAAGAAGAAUCAUGACUAUCGACAAAGCCGCUGUUCAAAAAAUCAUUGACUCAGAUACUGUUGUCAUUUUUUCAAAGUCCACCUGUCCUUACUGCACUAAAGCUAAAAAUGCAUUCAAGCAGAUAGGCAAAGACUUCAAAGUAAUUGAACUAGACGAGGAAGACGACUGUGCCGGGUACCAGGAUGCUCUUGGAGAAAUCACCGGUGCCAGAACUGUACCCAGAGUUUUUGUCAAUGGAAAGUUCAUUGGUGGUGGUGACAAGGUCGCUGAAAUGCUCAAAACUGGAGAACUCGCCAAGCUUUUUGAUUAAAAAUCAUCACAUUUAUUUUUAUUGAUUUUUUCCCAGUUGUAUUUAUUUA